AUGGAUCCAAACCUAGAGCUCUACAGGAGCAUAUUGCAUCUUGAUCUAAGAGAGCGCAGACAACGCAUGCAGCAUCUUCCCACGUCAGAAUGCAUCAGGGUUAGGAAGAUUGUUGAGAGGGAGCAACGCGCCCAGAAGCUACAAAAAAAGCUCGCAGGUCGGGACCUUGUUGAGAUGGCUCUAAGUGAUCCCUCCGAGUUCACAGGGAGCCCGCUCUUGCAAAACGCUCUUCUUGGCCGAGCUCUCACCUUUCCCGACGAGUGUGCCAUGGUGGCCCGCAUCACGGGCACGACCUUGCGCACUGGCGAGGUUUUGCUCGAUUCUAUUGCAUACUACGAUCAACAUAAUCUACCAAAUGUACCUAUGGAUGCCUGGAAACUGGCCUAUUGCGACUUGUAUUACAUCGAUGGGAGCAAUGCGACACUGCAGGACAUCUAUGAGGAACGCCUCCGGGAAGAGGAGCUCCAAACCCCCGCUGCGCAAGCCAGAGAGAUUGUCCGGCGCGACGUGAUCAAGUUGGCUCGGAGGAAUGCCAAAUGGAUGAUUUCUGAAACUCUACAUACCACCUGGAAACGAGUCUCCCACGCGCCACCAGCUUGGAUCCAGCACAUUAUCGAUGCUCAAGAACAAUGGGGUUUCGUCUAUUACAGGUCCAGAGAGGUCGAUCGGAAAUACGGCCAUGACUGGAACUUAUGGUGGAUGAGGAUCAUGGAUAACCAGCUGCCCUCUACUGAGAGGAAUAUGGGAGAUGCAACUGUCUACAGUAUCCAUUGCCAAGGCAAUCGAUCUUCCCUGCUAUAUCUCGCAACUGAAGAUUGGCCUACUUUUCAUGCUAAUGACAACUUGGCCGAAGACGACGACUUCCGAAAACAAUUCAAAGAAUACAUACAAGACAAAGAUGGUCUCUUACCUGCGGGGAUCUCACGAAGCACCUUCAUUGUUAUCCCUGUCGAAUUAAUCCCCGACUCACCUGAGUGGGCUGAGGAAGAUGAACUUGAUCCUUACUGGGUUUGGGCAUAUGAUGCAGACUGGGACAGUUCAGCAGAAGAGACGACAUUUGAGGGAGAGAUAUACCAGGGCCGCGUCAAGGUGGCUUACUACUCGCUCAAGUCAUGGUUCUAUGCCGCUCGCUGGGAGGGCGUGAGUCUCCGAGAUAUGUGGCUAAAGGCACAGCAACACCCGGACAAGCUGUGGAUCUGCUACACAAAAUACAUGGAGGAGUGGGAGCAUGAGCCGUAUAUCUAA